UAUUUUUUAAAUUUUCUCUUCAUCGAUUUGACAUUUUCUGUUUUCAUUUUUUAACUAAUUUUAUUAUUUUUAUAAUUAUGUGAUCUUUUCUUGCACCAACUGUUGAUUUUGCUGUUGUUCGCUUUGUUUCUCAGUCAAUUCAUAUUCUCUGUAAUCUUCACCUUGAACCACCUGAUUCCUUUUUGCUGAGUUGGUGUUUGUUUCUUCAAAUAACUAAAAGAUGGGAGGCCUUAUUAGUUAUUUUAAAUCUCUCAUCGGAUCCCGAGAGAUGAGAAUUUUGAUUCUCGGAUUGGAUGGAGCGGGUAAAACGACCAUUCUUUACAGGUUACAAGUCGGCGAAGUCGUGACGACAAUUCCAACAAUUGGUUUCAAUGUGGAACAGGUUACUUAUAAGAACCUUAAAUUUCAAGUAUGGGAUCUCGGUGGACAAACUAGUAUAAGACCAUAUUGGAGGUGUUAUUAUUCAAAUACCGAUGCAAUCAUCUAUGUGGUUGACAGUUGUGAUAGAGAUCGUUUGGGUAUAUCUAAACAAGAAUUAGUUUCCAUGUUAGAGGAAGAAGAGUUAAAAAAAGCCGUUCUCAUGGUUUUGGCGAAUAAACAGGAUCUCGCUCAAGCAAUGAGUGUUGCCGAAAUUCACCAGGCCUUAGGUUUAGAUGCCUUAAAGAAUAGAACAUUCCAAAUAUUCAAAACAUCAGCAUUGAAAGGAGAUGGACUGGACGAAGCUAUGGAAUGGUUGUCUAAUGCUUUAAGCAUGAAUAAAUAGCUCUACUCUGUCAUCAAAUCCAAUUAAUUAUUGAAAUAAAAUCCUCUAUAAGCCAUUUUCUUUUAAA